AUGGCGCUGGCGCGCAGUAUCAAGAUUGGUGGGCUCUUGGCCGUGGCCAUUGACGGUACAGCGGCGGCCCUCGUUUCGCGAGCGGCCUCCCUUCCGGCAGCAGUCCGCGUGCUUUCCGUACCGGACGAGAACACCCCCAUCACCCUCGAGAUCGGCUUGAAGAUGCAGAAUAUCGAGAAACUAGAAGACAUGCUCCGCGACGUAUCCGACCCAAAGAGCUCCAAUUACGGACAGUACCUGAGCACGACCGAGAUCCACGAAACCUUUCGGCCUUCGGACGAGUCCGGCGCCGCCGUCAAGGCGUGGCUUCAGGAGAACGGCGUCACGGAAAUUGUCGACCGCGGCUUCUACAUUAACUUUGCUACAACGGUAUCCAAAGCGAACGACUUGCUCAACUCGGCCUUCUCGUACUACGACGUCCAAGGCACCCGGAAACUCCGUACGCGGGAAUACACGAUUUCGGGCGAAAUUGCUGACCACAUUGAGCUUGUGACCCCUACAACAUACUUUGGAACGACCAAGGCGCAUCGCGCUGUUGACGCCACGGCGCCCGACCACAAUGAGGUACUUGUGAAUAGGCAAGCAGACGGCGACGGCAAUGCGACCAAGCCCUCGCCGUGCUCUCGCCUAUUGACACCGCCCUGUUUGCAAGAUAUGUAUGGAUUCGGGGAUUACCAAGUUGACCCAGACUCUGGAAGCCGCAUCGCUUUCGCCAGUUUCCUAAACCAAUCAGCGGUGCCAAACGACCUCGACGUCUUUACAGAUACAUUCGAUCUCCCUCGCACGAGCUGGGAGUCGGUCAUCAUCAACGGCGGGGAUGAUCACCAAGACUUCAAGAGAGACGUUGGGGAGGGGAAUCUGGACGCGCAGAUGUUGGCCCUCUCUGGAAAGACGCUUCCCAUGUUUCACUACGUUACCGGAGGGAGCCCGCCUAUUAUUCCUAACCUCAGGCUCGACGAGGAUUCCAACACGAAUGAACCGUACCUGGAAUUUUACCAAUACUUGAUGGACUUGGAGAAUGAAGAGGUAGCCCAGGUCAUCUCCAUAUCGUAUGGCGACGACGAGCAGACCGUGCCGAAGGACUAUGCUGUUCGAACGUGCAAUUUGAUGGGCAUGAUGGGUCUUCGAGGCAUAACCAUCAUUGAAUCAACUGGCGAUGCAGGCGUUGGCGCACCUUGUCGAGCCAACGACGGCUCCGACAAGAUCGAGUUCACCCCCAGUUCCCGCCGAGCUGCCCAUACAUCACAACGGUUGGUGGGACGCAAGGGUACGAUCCAGAGGUCGCAGAGAUUCUUGGACGAGGUUAUGGACCAAGAGCUCAAGGCCGAGUAUGAGCAGUAUACGAACUACGGCGGACGCGGAUUCCCGGAUAUUUCUGCUCAUAGCUCGAGUCCGUCUGAGGGGUUCAAGGCUCUUACAGAUGUCGUUGGCGGGAACUCAAAGGGCUGCGAUGGCUGGGAUACUCAGAGCGGUGCUCAGGUUCCCGGUGCAGGCAUUAUUGGCGAGAGGGGUGCAUACUGGAAUGCAACAGAAGGCGACGCGUGCCGGGACCGUGAGGACCAUCGCCUUGCGUACUUUUGUGCAGAAACUGCCAGACACCCCGGGUAUCUCGUUCCCUGA